GACAACUGAUCGCAGCAAACCUUGAUCAAGAUGGACGUCGCUGAUCGCACAACGGGAACUGCUCACGUCCGUGAUGACCUUGCCGAGCGAUCACAAAAGCUAUUUCAAGACUUUCUUGAAGAGUAAGUGCUUUUAUUAUCCGUCAGAUCAAAAAAUGUAUGUAAUCUCAGGCAGAUGCGCAGAAAAUUGUACAUUCGGUCGCAUCUAGUAAUGAUACAAUGGCGAAGCUGCUCACAUGGUUCUAUUGACACAUUACAAUACUUUUUUUAAAGGGAUUUUUUCGUUUUUUACCAAGUACAUUUUUGUUAGCUCUCUUUGCUGAUAUAGAACACUUAAGAGCAUCUUCGGAGGGUUCAUUUCACCAGAAUUGAAAUAACUUUCAACUGAAAUUAAUGCAGCUCCGAGGAGCCUUCAGCUUGAAUACCAUUUAUCGCUCCAUCCGCCGUCAAUUUAUUUUUAAGUACGAAGAGGUAACGCAAAAAUCCAAAGUUUCGAAAGUGCCAUUUACUUACAUCUAAUUCUGACUUCCCUUCAACACAUACUCCAGAUUAAGUUAUUUGAUAGAUAGUUCGGCUUGUCCUGAAUCCUCGUUUCCUGAAUAUCUUAAAUUAAAUCUACACAAGGUUGGUGCUUAUAGCUUUAGAUCUUCUAUUGCGCCUGUCCUUUCUAUUCCGAAAGAAUCAGGAACAUUUCAGCACUCGUCAGCAACUACUUUUAAUAAGCUCCCUGUAGUUAUUAGAAACAUAACUGAGUACAAUUCCUUCAGUCGUGGUGUGGAGACAUCUUUUAUGUAAGGAGUUUUAAGCAGCAAACUCAAUUGUAAAUUUUUUGUUCUUUUUUUAAAUAUUAUAUGUAUAUUCUUCUUUUUUAGAGUUGAUUUAUAGUGUAGAUAUAGUAGAUGAAGAACCUCACUUUGUUGGAUACUCUGCAAUAAAUCAUCAUCAUCAUCAUUAUUAAUAUUAUUAUUGUCCAUAUUGACUCUCUAAAUUGUUACACAAUUAUUUUCAAGUGAAAUAAUUGAAUCAUCAUAAAGUUGAAUGGUCUGUAAAGGGUCGCUCAACAGGAAGAAUCAGUUAAAGUACGAAGGCUUUGCUUCUUUACAAACAUGAGAUCUGUUAUGAUGUUUACUUCUUAAGUUAUGUAUACUUUUACUUGAUAAUAUCUCUAAAGAUUUCAAGUUGAUGGAGAAGUGAAAUAUCUUCCUGAAGUUCAAGAACUUAUCAGACCUGAGCGCAACACAUUAACAGUCAGUUAUCAAGAUGUGGAGUCUUACAAUGCACAAUUGUCAACUUUAAUUCAGGAAGAAUAUUACAGGUAACCUCAUUUUUGAGAGACAUUAUUUUUGUUGGCAUUCUAGACCUUACAUCACAUGGUCAAGUUUCAAGCCCUUAGUAAGUCAUUGAGAUGUGUGAUUUUGGGGAGAUACCCCCAACUCUGUAGGUACCUCUCUCUGUCCCUACAGGAAUAUAAAUUGAUAACAGUGGUUAUCAUUUGACCAGUGCUUUUUUCCUUCCUCCUUUGCACUCACCUUUCAUAGGGCCAGAUGUUUUCCUGGCUCUAAUUGUGCCAUCACAUAUGGCUCUGAAUUAUGUUUUGCAGUGUUUUUCAAUGACAUCAUAAAUGGGAAAAUACAGACCAUACAAUAAAAAGCUAUAGUUCACCAUAGGUAAAAUUACAAAUUUGUCUUUUUUUUCCAGGGUAUUUCCCUAUCUUUGUCGAGCUGUUAGAAACUUUGCCAGAGACAGAGGUCAAGUGCCACCAACAAAAGAGUUUUAUGUCAGCUUCACAGAUCUACUAACAAGACACAAGUAAGACUUUAUUUUACCAGAUGUUUAAAUAAUAUUUCAUGGUUGAUAUGUUUAUUUCUUCUCAGUGCCUUUUCGCUUGAAAAUUUAUCAAUAUUGUUAGGGGAGAAUCCUUCUCAGUCAUUCACAAGAGAAAAAUGUCCACAUAAAGUUUGUAGACAAUGAUAAAAAUGUUCUUUAUGUUUAGGACUUAUUUUUGCAUUGCUUGAUUUAAUUGUAGAAUUCGAGAACUCACCAGUCAGAAAAUUGGAACAUUACUUCGAAUUAGUGGACAAGUUGUACGUACUCACCCCGUACACCCUGAGUUAGUGAGUGGAACAUUCAUUUGCCUUGAUUGCCAGACUGUUAUCAAGGAUGUUGAGCAACAAUUUAAAUAUACUCAGGUAUGUGUUUGGUGCUUUGCUUUCUUGUCAAAUAGGCCAUUUCCAAAUUACCUUUUGCCUCUUUUUCAAAACGAGGCCUGGUGCUCAACCAUUCAUAUGAAAAUGAGUUUAAUUUGCAUGUGAGCAAAAACUUAUAAUCAUUUGAAAGGAUGAGCACCAGGACUUGCUUUAAAAAUGAGGCCAAAAGUGAUUCAGAAAUGGACUAUUGACUAAGUAAUUCAAUCUGUUAGAGCUUAUAUAUCUCUGUUUUUUCAGUAUAAAGGUAAUAAACGUAUUGCUGCUGCCUGCAUGAGAUGCAAGUUUGUUCCAGGGUUACCACUGUAUUUUAUCAGCUUUCCCCAACAGGCUGUUGGUACCCAUUAUAACAUCUAAGUUUAGAGAGGUGCUUUGAGGGUAAAAGGUCUUAGUUAAAAACCCAACACAAUGACCCGGCCAAGUCUUGAACCAGGAUUUCUCAAUCUGCAUUUCAGCUUGUUAGCCGCUUGGCCAAUACAUCUGUUAGUGAUAUAUAUAUACUAUAUACUAUAUACAAUAUACUCUUGGUUCUCUUCGACCACCAUUUUUACUCACGUUGACAUUAGCACGCACACUCACCUUACUGUUCUCUAUACAUUUUCUGUUAACUGAUAAAGAGAAUUUGUUUAACAAUCAAAACUUUCAAUUAAUGAUCAUUUCCUCUCUUCUAAUGACCUUAAUGUUUGACACAGGGGUGAUGUUAUUGGGAGAAAUUAGAUGCUAAUCACACCCAGGGAUCUCAGGGUUAAGGAAUACUUGAACUUGUUUUUUAUUGUGUUCUGAUGUUUUGCUUUGAUUGGCAGCCCACAGUUUGCCGCAACCCAGUUUGUCAGAACAGGGCAAGAUUUAUGCUGGACAUAAACAAGUCGCGUUAUGUAGAUUUUCAAAAAGUGCGUAUACAAGAAACACAGGCAGAAUUACCAAGGGGAAGCAUUCCUAGAAGGUAGGUUACUACUGACAUUCAUUCUUAAAUCCUGCAUUACAAGCUUUAUCAUUUAUUGCACUAACAGUCUCUCCUGAUAUGGAUUUUAAGAUUUAGAUAGGGUGUGCUUGGUCUUUUUCAGGCCAAGAGGUACAUUUGGGUUGAUCCAAUCUAUCACAACCAAAUAAAAUUUUUCAUCAUGAGACAGAUAAUCUGUAGACUUGGGGCUCAUACUGUGUUCUUCAAUAAAACACUUAACUUUUAAUACCUAUCUCCACCCAGUGAAUUACCACAAACCUUUUCAGCAAUUUUGACAGAAAGGUUCUUGGUGUUUUUUUUUUCAUUUGAUGUGCAAGAAUUUGGUGCAAGGGUUCAGAGUUUUGUGACAGAAUUUUGAUGUAAACUUGGUAAACUUUUUUUUCAGUGUGGAAGUAAUUUUAAGAGCUGAAGCAGUAGAACAAGCUCAGGCUGGUGAUAAGUGUGACUUCACUGGAAGCCUAAUUGUGGUUCCUGAUGUAGCACAAAUUUCUACACCAGGUAAAAUGCAUGCAUUACAUAAAGGGACACAGAAUAGUAUGAAAACUCAAAUGAAAACGGGAAAGAAACAGGGGAAACUGGAGAGGAAUUUGGGGAAUAAUUUGCUUGACAUUUAAGGCAUGUAAAACCAUAUGUACCAUUUGCUGUGACAAACCCAAUGCUCAAAACAUCAGCUUGAGGAAAUAUUUUUGGUGGCCAAUUUACAUUAUCAACUCAGUUGAUAAACCAAAUAUCUUAUAUAACCCCACUGAUGCAGUGCUUUAGUUUAAUUCUCAAGAAACUUAUAAUAAUUAUUGAGGUCAUUAUAUAAUUUUGUACUCUUGUGUUCUAAGGGGCGAGAGCAGAAUCAUCUGGAAGACAAACAUCUGGUGAAGGAUACGAAGCAGAGGGAGUGAGGUGAUUAAAAAAAAAAAACUAUCUCAGUUUUCCUCACUCUCAAUGACAGGGUUGCAUAUUCAUGCAUGGCUUUGGUGUUGCCUGUCCUUGAUAGGUUUCUCAGUUAUUGUCAGUUGAAACUUGCAGUUAUCUUUUCAUUUUCUUUUUAGGGGGCUCAAGGCUCUUGGAGUUCGAGAUUUGACCUACAGAUUGGCUUUUCUUGCCUGUAGCGUCCAAGCAACAAACCCAAGAGUACGUCAUUUUUCUUAUUACUUUUGUUUUGCAAAUUACAUUCAUAUCAGGAAGCCUCAAAAUACUUGCCUAAAAAAUGAAGAUUUAGGACUGUAUAGGCUCCAGUUGUGUAAAUCUAUUGUCUGCUCUGCUUGAAAAUUAUAUUUAUGUUGUAAGUAGAUAUCAUUUUUUGGUCACUUCUGGGAGUGUGAUUGCUAAAUUUUUUCUUUUUCCUACCAGUUUGGAGGUAAAGACCUUGAUGGUGAUGAUGUUACAGCAGAGACAAUUAAAAAGCAGAUGACAGAUCAGGAAUGGCAAAAGAUUUAUCAGAUGAGCAAGGAUAAAAAUCUUUACCAGAACUUAAUCAACAGCAUCUUUCCGACUAUUCAUGGUUGGUACAUUUUGUUUGAACUAGACUUAAAAUGUUACACUGUACAAGUCAGAACCCCUUGUGGCCACUUUUCCUUUUCUUGAAAUUUUCUUUUAGAUUCACAUUCAUUUUGUUGGUUUUACUUGCAUCUGCCUUAAAUUUUUACAAAUCUUUCCCUAGAAGAAGUUGCCUUAAAAAUUUCUUACUGAAAAAAAAAUUCAAAAUUUUUACACUCCUCAGCUCAAUUGAUGAUUGUUAAACUUUUAUUGCAUUAAAAGCUCUAGUUGUUGGCCUGUGAAUUUGCUAAUACACAGCUUGUUUGAUGUAGGAAAUGAUGAGGUCAAACGUGGAGUGCUCCUGAUGCUGUUUGGUGGAGUUCCAAAAAUCACGCUGGAAAAAACAAAUCUGCGUGGUGAUAUCAACGUCUGUAUUGUUGGAGAUCCCAGCACCGCAAAAAGCCAAAUACUCAAGUAUGUUAAGUUGGCAAUAUUGAUUUUUUUUCAUCUAAGAGUGCAAUUUGAUCAGGUGUCUUAAAACCAAAACCGAUUAAUUAAUCGCAACAGCCAAUCAGAAGAAGAGAAAGAUUCUCAAGAAGUCAAUGAGAAUGUGCCAGGAAAAAGAGGCAAACUGCCUAGAGUGAAGGAAAGUUUUGUAUUAGUUUUGAAUCUGAUUGGUGGGGAGAAUGGCUUGAGUUUUCUUGACCAAUCACUGCCCCAUACUCAAUUGAAAAUCGCUUUCAACCCUUCCCUUUGUGUGAUCCAAAAAAGAUAUGGCCCCCUGAAAGCCCAGCAUAAACUUUGAUGACCCUCCCCUAUUUGGUUGCAGAAAAGGUAAUGACUUUCUCCCUGUUUGCACCAGCCCUCCUCCCUCUAAUAAAUGAUGGGAGGAGUCCUGAGAGCUGGUGCUAGUGUGAUCUGUUUUUCCAUUUAUCAUUUACCUGUCAUUUAUUAGAGGGAGGAGGAAACAGGAGGAGAGUCAUCACUUUUUAUGCAACCCAAAAAUAUUUUGACUUGCUCUUCCCCUCCCCUCUAAUACAUGACAGGUCACUUAUUAUGGAUAAUGGUUCUUAUUUGUGCUUUAUUUAUGGUAGGCAUUUUGUAUAAAGUUUUCUCUAAAAAUGUUUUGAUAUUUUUCUUGAUGACAGGCAUAUAGAGGAGUUUAGUGUCAGAGCUGUGUACACCUCUGGAAAGGCCUCCAGUGCUGCAGGUCUCACAGCUGCUGUGGUCAAGGAUGAGGAGUCAUCAGAAUUUGUCAUUGAAGCUGGUGCUUUGAUGUUGGCUGAUAAUGUGAGUAUUGAAAUACAAGAAGGUAGCUACAUGUAGGAUAUUUUCGAGGGGAUCAAAUUGUGUCAAAUGCAGGGUAUCUGUUUGACUGUCAUUCCCACAAUGCUCUGUUUCUUAACCCUUUUACAGCCAAGAACUCAUAAGUAAUUGUCCUUACUGUCUUCAGUAAUGAAACUUAAAACUAGACACAGUAAACACAAGUUUGCAUGUAUGGGUAACUCAGAACUUUCUUUUUGUUGUUAAUUACUUGAGUUGAUGGUAAGGAAAAGAUAUAUUUUUUUUUGCAUGGUAGGGGGUGUGCUGCAUUGAUGAGUUUGAUAAGAUGGACCCUAAGGAUCAGGUGGCCAUUCAUGAAGCAAUGGAACAGCAAACUAUUUCAAUAACAAAGGCUGGUGUAAAGGUAAACCGAUAUGUUAUCAGCCCCCCCCCUUCUCCCAUAGAGAGGUUUCUAGAUUUCCCUCCUACCUCCCUCGAAUUGCCCUUUAGGGCUACUUAUUUGGUAUUAUUACUUUUCAGCCUUUAUUGAAUGUCCGAACAUGUCAGAGAACCCCCUUCCCCCUAAGAGGUUUCUAGUUUUAACUCUCCCCUCCCAUAAUGCACCCUUUGGAGCUACAUGUAACUACGUGGUAAAUAUUAUAUUUCAGGCCUCAUUGAAUGCAAGAACUUCUAUUCUGGCAGCAGCCAACCCCAUUGGUGGGCGAUAUGACAGAACAAAGUCACUCAAGGUAAGAGAAAGACACUCUCUUGUAAGUAUGAUUGACUAUGGUGUGGAUUUGUCAAUGUUAUUUGUGGCAAGCACUGAGAUCCUUUGUCUCAAUAUGAACAUUUUGUUCUGAUUGGCCAUUAUUAUUAUCUUUGGUUUAGUUCAGCAAUACUCAAUCAAAGAGUUCUCAACUAUAAUUCUCAUCAACAACAUCAUGAAGUUGCCUUUUGAGGAUGUUGAUUUGUGAAAUUGAUUAUUAAUUUUCAGCACAAUCUGAACAUGUCUGCACCCAUUAUGUCAAGAUUUGACCUGUUCUUCAUACUUGUUGAUGACUGCAAUGAGGUAAAGUUAAUCUUUAAUAAAUUGGUUUUUUUUUAAAGUUGGAAUUUCAAAAACUUUACUUCUCUUUACCUUGCCCUUGAAUAUACCACUGACCAAACAAAUGAAGGGAACAAAAGAAAGAAAAGAAUUCACUGAUUUAUCAGUACAUGCUCAAAACUACACUCCUACACAGAACUGGUUGGAACACUUCUUGAGAACAAAAUCUAUGAUGGUCCUUCACCCCUCUCCUCCUUCCGAUGUUGUUGAUGGCCAUUAUGUCCAUACCAUCUUGCAGACCAACCUUGAGGGGGGCAGAAGUUGUUCCAGCAAAUGUGUUUGGAAGUGUAUCACAUGAAGAAAACAUGCAUGGCAAUAAUUUAUUGGACAACUUUCAUUUUGACAAUUUUUCUCUUUACAGGUAACAGACUAUGCCAUUGCUCGUAGAAUUGUUGAUCUUCACAGCCGGCUUGGGGAGGCUGUGGAGAGGACUUACAGUGUGGUAGGUGUCUUUUUUUGUCCAUUUGGGGUGUGAUUUUUUAGUUCAGAAAACCUAAAAAUAGAAAGUGAUUGUCAGUAAUGCUAAAGUUUGCUGUCAUCAAAAAAAAAGAGAAAACCUUUUUUCAGUUUUCCUUAUUUUGAAAUAAAUGAUGUGGCUGGCAAGUGAUUUUGGAGGCUCAAUAUCGUGCAGCAUCUAGUUUGAACAACUGUUUUCAAAAGGAACAGGAGAGAACAGUUUUUCAAUGGUGUUACAACUCAAUUUAGCUUUAGACCAUAAACACUAAAUUAUAAGUAAUGUAUUCAGACUCUUUCAUGACCUCAAUUUUAAUCAACAAAUUGUGUUUGUUUUUCCAUAGGAUGAAGUUCAGAGAUACAUAACAUUUGCCAGGCAGUUUAAACCGACAGUAAGUCUUAGCAUUAAAGUUAUGUUGUAAUUGAUUCAUAUCAAGUUCCUUCAUUGGUUGUAUAUCUAGUUCAUCAGUGAAUGAAAACCCACUAAGGGUAAACCUAACACAGUGUUAUGAGGUUGCUCUGAAUAAUAUAUAGUGAUCUAAUGGGAUGGGAAAGAGACUCUCAGAAGCGAAUGUCAGCCUUGUGUCCCAAAGGGUUUAAUCAUUAUCAGAAAAAUGACAAGAAAUAAAAAUUUAAUAUUUUUAUUGAUUGUAUUACUGAAAGGUCUGGAUAGCAGCAGUUAUGUAACAAAUCCAAUCAGCAUUUUGUUACACACUUUAAAUCAACUCAGUACUUUGUAAAUUCAGAACUGAAGAUGACAGAAGAACUGUCAAAACAUGUUUUUAAAGUUUCAUUUACUUUCUUAAAUUCAUUUUAUUGAUGGCCCUCAACCUUACAAAAAUUUAAAGUAUGUUUGUUUCUGCAUGGUAACAUUUACUGAUGGAGAAUGUUUCCCAUUAGAUCAGCAAAGAUGCACAGGAUUUCAUUGUUGAACAGUAUAAACAUCUACGAGAACGAGACACGAGUAAGAGUUGGUGAUAACUUAUUGCCUUUUUUGCUAAUUGCCCUGAUACCUUCUUGCUAAUGUACAUCAAUCUGCUCUUUGUUCAUGUGAUUGGUAGAUCUUGAUGUUGUGUUUAUUGUCUUUAAUUUUACUCACAUUUAGGUCAAAAUAUUGUAACUGAUCCUCUAAAUUCAAAGUUAAAUGAAAGCCAUUGUUAUGUUUAAUUCAAUGAAGUAAUCUAUCAGUAAAUUAAGCAAAUGAAUUCUGGUCAGUCAGUGAGCCAGUCAGUCAUGUUAUGCAAACUAAGACAAGCUCCACAUGCAAGGACCACUUGGCUUGAGUACAGAGUAUUUUUGUACCAAUUAUUUUGUUCCAUUUUCAAUGUUUAUAGGCUUUGCAAGGUCAGCGUGGCGUAUUACAGUACGACAGUUAGAGAGCAUGAUUCGUCUCUCUGAAGCCAUGGCCAGGCUUUACUGCCAGGAUGAGGUGAAGAAGAAUAAAACUUUAACCCUUUGACUCUUAAACUCCAAAGAUCUGAUUGUUAAUUCUCCCCUCUAACUGGUACCCAUUUUCUUGUUAAAAAAUUAUGAGAAUUUGGUGUUAGCUCAAGAUAACAUACUUCUUCCUGAUAAGUCUGAGAAUUCUUGUUACCUGUUGACUGGAUAAUGUACAGAUACUGUCUGGUAGUGAAAGGGUUAACCCCUAAGAGUGAAUUGCAUCUAAUUUCUUUUGAGAAUAUUACCCAUGAAUCAAACAUUUAAAUCUUACUCGAACAAAAGGAAUGCUCACCAGUUUAAGAAGUUCUUGAUUGUUAAACAUAAUCUCCUUGUUAACCCCUUAGGAAAUGUAUACAGAACAGUAUGGAGAAUAUGCAUACUGAUAUUAGGGUGUAAUGGGUUAAAACAACCUAAGCUACAAGCUAAUUUGAACUGAUAUGAACUCAUUUGCAGCAGAAGUUGAUAUUUGUCUCAAUUUCCUGAGUAAACAAUUCAAAUUGCCAGGAUUUUCAAUCAUAUCUCUUUUCUUUGAAUGAAUGUCUUUCUGCUUUUCAUCAAAGCACAAACAGACAUUUUUACAUGUAUGUUCCCUUUUUAUGGCAGGUUCAACCCAAGCAUGUCAAAGAAGCAUUUCGUCUGUUGAACAAGUCUAUAAUUAGGGUUGAAACUCCAGAUGUACAGUUUGAUGAAGAUGAGGAGGAACAACAAGAAGGUAGAUGUGGAUGGAGCAAAAACUUAUUUUAGAAUUUGAUGAAAGGUGUCUGAAAAAUUUACCUACAUUUGUACUUUGGAGGAUACAAUCUGGCUCACCAACACAUUCUCUGUAGCAUAGUAUGCAGACCUUGCCCUCUAGGAGUGGGGGUGGGGUCGGGUGGGGUGGGGUGGGAUGGGAUGGAGAAGGCACUUGCUAUUUCAGCCUCAAGCAUAGUGUCACCGAACAUGGUGUGGUGUUUAAGGAGACUUGAGUCUUAAACAGCUUGUACAAUUCACUAUUUCCUGUCAUGAACAGGUUGUCUUUCAGGACCAGAAGCCUUAAAUAUGGUUUGAUUAUGGUGAGACUACAUCUAAAAUGUGGUACUAACAAAUUGUGUCAAAGUUUAAGACCAAUUGCAAUGCUUAAAAACCCCACCUUCCAAGGUACUCCUCAGUGCAGAAAACUCUUUGUGAAGCUUUCCAUCAUUAAAAAAAAAAGGCUUUGUAAAUCUUGAAAAUGACCUUUUCUUAAAGUCCUGUCACAAUUUGCAUUAUACAUUGCUACACAAGGCUGGAAAGCAGCAAUUAUAUAGUUGUGCUAUAAACAGAGUAUCAAAUGAAGAUGUACAGAUUUUUCUUUUAGGCAGGUCAGGGUAAAAGGGUCAUUGACUGCUGCCCCCUCCACCCUUCCCCCGAGGGGAGAGGGAAGGGAAGGGAGUAUAGCAUAUAUGUAAAAUCUCAGGAGCAGCCUGGAGUUCAAUUCCUCUCAGGUAGGGGGGGAGGGUGGAACUCAUACAUUGCUCUCAGUCUGUACAUAUACUGGUAUGUUCCAUUUGUCUUCCAAAAUCUAAUGUUUUAAAACUCUUAUUCCUAUUAUUUCUUGUAGAUAUGGAUGUGGAUGGGGAGAGUGAAGCUCAUCCAAGUGGAAUGGUAAAUGGCCAUACAGAAAAAGACACUGAUAGGACAGAGAGUGACCAGAAGGCUAAAAGCAAACUGCGCUUGUCAUUUGAGGAUUACAGAUCAAUGGCAAGGAGUGUCGCAGGGUACUUAAGGGCAGAAGAGGAGCGAGGAGGUGAAGGCAAGUCAUGAGCUUCCUAACUUCUGAGCUGGCCCUCGUUAUAAACAUUGUAGCACAAGUGUUUCUUUGCCCCUAAGCAGGGUCAACCCUUAAACCCUAAGGAGCAUAAGCAUCUAAUUCCUCCCAACAGUAUCACACCUGAAUCAAACAUUUAAGGUCAUGAGAAUAAAGAAGAUGAUCAAAAACUAAAAAAGCUGUUGAUUGUUAGUGCAAAUUCUCCAUGUGAGUACCAUAGUGAAUGUGUAGGGGUUAGUAUGGAGAAGAUACAUCCUGAUGUUAGGGUGUAAAGAGUUAAGGCCUAAGCCAAAUUAAGUCAGCAGGUGGUUGGUGAUGCAUCAUUAUUUGUGUCAGGUCCCUUCCAAACCUCUUGCUAUCUCAAUUUGCCUGAGGCCUUAAACUUUCUUGUGGGUGAAUAAAGACUUUUGCCACGGUGCUUAUGUUGAGGGUCUUCUGACAGGCUAUAUACUUCCAAGCAGCACAAAAUUUUGGCUGGUUUUACAUGUUAUGUUAUUUUAUGUUUUUGUAAAUUUGUUCUCAAUUCACAAAAUGAGGCUUAAAAAUGCUGCAUGCAUUAACCUCUUUCAAAUCCAAAUGCAAAUAAGUUAGUGUUGUUUCCCUUUCAUUGAAAUCAGACUUGAAAUGUCAGCUGAUGUGUUCCAACCCUAUGUAAAACCUGUAUAGUGAGAAAUUUGGAAAAUAUCAGCAAAAUUCCUUCUCCCUGAACAGAUGACACUGGGAUCCGUAGAAGUGAUGUUGUUAACUGGUAUCUCAAAACAAUUGAGAAAGACAUUGACACUGAAGAGGAGUUGGCUGAAAAGAAAGUAAUUCUUGAUAAGGUUCUUGACAGGCUGAUCACAUCGGUGAGUAGAAAUUGCUUUUAAUAACCAUUUUUUAGAAUGAUUUUGACAAAAAAGUAUAUACUGCAGUCAUCAAUGUUUCAAUAUUUCUUUUGAUGUCAUUCAAAACAUUCAAACUGUCAACAUUGUCAUGUUGAAACAAUAUCCUAGGAUAAGAAAAUGGUGGCUUUCUCCAAAAGCUUCUUCAUUCUUUAAAAAUUUCUAGAUAUUUUUUAUAAAUACUGGUAAUUACUGUUCUUGUUACGAAAUUCUGUUAAUUUGGUGACUAUGCGGAAUUUAAAAUAAUAAGCACUGUGAUUUACCAAAAAUAGGCAUUAGACAACAGUUGAUCUGUCUGAUGCAAGAUCAUUUGAAUUUAAAAAUGCCCUAAGGCCCAUCUGCAUGAGUGGGGAAUUGACAAAAUUGAGACAAAGUAUUUUUGUCUAUUUAGCUGAUUUUGUCCAGCUUUUACCUACGACAGAUUUUGUUGACAAAUCAUUCAGACUUGUAAAGAAUUGGUGAUGACAGAAAAAUUUUCUACGAAAACAACUGUUUUGUUAGUGUAGAUAGACCCUCAGAGUCAAAUGCAAAUUGAAACUAAUGGGUCUUUCCAUUUUAAUGUGAAAGGCGACCUGAUGUGGAUUGUACAAACUCAAUCUUUGUGGUAAAGUCAACAAAAGUAUUUAAUUGGAAUGGGUGACAGGUUUUUCGAUGAGAAGAAAGAGAUUGAAAAUGAUAAAAUAAUCAAGAUUCUUAGUGUGACUGGAAUGUAAACAAAAUUGUUGCCAGAGACAGAAAACAGUGAAGGAACUUUCUACUUAAAAAUGGUUACUAAAAUUUCCAUUUCUACAUAAGUGCCAGGAGGGUGAUUUUGAUCACAAUUGGAACAAUUUCAAAAAGUUCAAUUCUUAAACAUAUGCCACUCAGCAAAAAGACUAAACAAUAAGAUAUGAAGACUUUAACUCCCAAGAUUGGAUUGUUAAUUCUCCUUUCUGGCUGCUACAUGUUUCCUUGUAAAUUAGUUACAAACAUUUGGAGUAAGAUGAAUAUAACAACUUAUACCUGAUAAGUUUGAAAAUUCUCUUUACCUGCUUGCUAGACAAUGUAUGGAUAUUAUAGGGAAAGGUGACAUGUUCAUCACUUUCGGAGUUAAAGGGUUAAGACUUUGCUCUGCUUACAACUCAAUUAUUACUAACUAUUCAAACAAAGUCUCUAGUUCAGUGUAUAAAAGUACAUUAAAAAAAAUUUAUCAGUCAGCAUUUCAGCUGCUUUCAAUCUUGAACCCUAGCACAUCAUUUCUCUGCCUUCAAAAAGUCAAGAAUUGAGAUUAGGAAGGACUUAUUCAUUUAAACAAAGUUAACUUCUUUCUUCUAGGACAAUGUUAUUUUAGCACUAAAAGAAUGGGGAACAUCACAGGAAGACUAUGUGCCAUCUGAAGAAGAAGAUCCAUUCCUAGUCGUCCAUCCUAAUGUUGUAGUUGAUGACCUGUAAACCUUCGCUGUUAAAUUCACUUCUCUCUCCCUUAGGACUGUAUAUACAACCCGCUUUUUUUGAGGGAAAAUUUCAGUAGAUUGAUUUACCGGUAAUUUGCUUUUUCUCCUUGGUAUAUUGUUUGUGUGGCUCAUGUAAAAAGCCUGUAUUGUGAGUGAACAGGUAAGCGUUAGAUAUUGGUUUUCAUAUAGCAAAGAAAAAGUAUUUGUAUGCAAGAAAGCACUGCAGUUUGCACGUCUAACAAAGAAAGAAUGGUUCAUAAAUUUGUAUAUUUUUCCUUUAAAUACUCAGUUCUUGUUUUUUAAAAAGAUUUUGUGCAUCAAGGUGAUUUGUAUACCAGAGC